AUGCCACGUUCUCAACGAUCAUCACCCCCCUCGUCCCACGUCUCCAUUUUGUCGCCCUCGCCCACCUUUAAGGUCCAUAUCAUCUCCCCUAAAGCGUCCGUAACGGAGCACCAACUCCAUAUCAGCUACGAUGACUGCUACAUCAGACUCCCGAAUUCAGCCGUCGAAUCUCAGCUCCAAGAAUGGAGAACGUCUUCCAGAGCCACUCUGCUGGAUCAGUUAUCGGCCCUGGAUGCCAGAGAAUAUGAAGCGCUAGUUGCUACGACGAACCGCAUUGACUCGAGCACAUUCACGGAGGAUGAAAAAGAAACCCUAGAGUGGGUCCAGUUCGGCGAAUACCGUACUCUCAUUGAAGGCAUUGAGCAGGUCAAGGCCAGGAACAUAACGAUGAUCAUGAGUGGGUUGUAUGGGCCGACUUCCCGGUUCGAAAAGAAAGAAACAAAACAGGAAUUGGCGGAAAUUCGGGGGACAACGUGGAUCAGGGUAAGGCGCAAUGAGCUCGACCUAGUUAUAAUUAUGGCUGAGACGGUUGAGCAGGUCCAUCGCCAGCAUAUCACUCCUUCAACCUUGGCAGCAUAUGGACUGCCGUGGGAUUGGGAUGAGGUACUAUCUAAGUCGUGCAUGCACGCAUCCUGA